AUGGCGCCCCCAACAGCGACGGCAACGACGACCGAAUCGGCCACAGAGCCUGCUGUUGGUACAUUCCGAGAAAAUCUUACUUUUACCUCGGGGAAACCCGAAUUUAAGGCAUUCCCAAAACCCCCAGUCUUCGAAGACAAAUACAAGGAAAGAGAGUACCUUAAGGGAAGAUUGGCUGCUGCGUUCCGCAUCUUCGGCAAGAAUGGAUUCGAUGAAGGAGUAGCUGGCCAUAUCACGAUUAGGGACCCUGUUGACCCGACUACGUUCUGGGUGAACCCGUUUGGGGUGGCAUUCUCUCUCAUCAAAGCUUCCGACUUGAUUCAGGUGGACCACGAGGGAAACGUCGUCGACGGUGGUCCAGUACGAUUGUUGAAUACCGCCGCAUAUGCAAUUCACUCUGCCAUCCACACGGCUCGAGAAGAUGUCGUGUGUGCCGCCCAUAGUCACAGCAUUUAUGGACGUUCUUUUUGUGCCCUCGGACGACCACUUGAUAUCAUCACGCAGGAUUCCUGCGCAUUUUACAAAGACCAUGUCGUUUACGAACAAUUCAACGGAAUUGUGUUGGCUACAGAAGAGGGCAAGAAUAUCGCUACGGCCCUAGGGAAUAAGAAAGCUGCUCUUCUUCAGAACCACGGGCUUCUCACGGUGGGCAAAACUAUCGAAGAAGCAGUUUUCUGGUUUGUUAGCCUGGAGAAGUGCUGUCACGCGCAAUUGAUGGCCGACGCUGCCGCCGCCGGGAGGGGAGGUCAGACGAUAAAAAUUCCCGAUGAGGAUGCCGAGUUUACGUAUAAAUCGGUUGGAACACCUUUCGCUGGAUAUUUCAGUGCGAAGCCGCUGUUUGAUAUGAUCCACAAAGAGACGAAUGGGGAUUAUCUGCAAUAA